GCUCAGUGAUCAGCUGGACAUAAUCAUAGAUUUUUUAUUGUAGUGUUGGGAUAAGGACACCCUGGAUACUACUGUCUCUGGUUGAUGUUACUGUACAAGCAUAAGGUUGCAUCUCGGAGUCAUUCAGUCCGCAAGGUUCGCGCUCGCUGUGUAGAUCUACCGGUACAUAAUCAUUGAUUCAGUCAAAGUCACUGAAGCUACUGUGUUGCAGGUCACGCCGUGACGGGUGUGUGCCUCCAAUGCCAAUGGCUUCGCUUCAUUCAAGUUUCGAAGCAGUUGGUAGUGAUGUUGAAGAGCAGCCGUCCAUCCUGCACCGCGCUCGCUCCUCGGAUUUCCAGUUCGUCGGAUUGGUAGCCAGCGGCUCUCAGAGUAGUGUAUUCGCUGUACGAUGCACGCUGGAAGGACUGCCGCCUAAUAAAUUAUACGCGCUCAAGAUGUUCUACCACGAAAUCGGUACUACUAGUUGGUCGGACGCUGCAGCGGCAACAUCUUACGCUCGGUCGCCCUCACCUAAAACUGCAAUCGACGACACGAUGACCAGCCAGUCCAACUGUACUGGAGACCAGAAGUGGCUGAAACGCAGUCGAGUCCUGAGACACAAGAAUAUCGUUGGUAUUUUGACCUGGUUUGAGGAUACCAUCGAGGAUGACCUGUGGAAGAAGCUAACUGAGGAUGUGAAGGGCACAAUCGAGCAGUCGGUUUUUACGCGUGGUGGUCGCCGUGCUCAGUUUGUAUUGUUUGAUCUCCAUGUUCCGCUAGUAGUCUGCCGCAGCGGUCUGUCUGGCGACAGGCCACUGCCUGGCGACAGACCACCGCCCUACGCACAGGCCAAGAAAUUCGCCAUGCAACUGCUGGAUGCUUUGUGCUUCUUGAGGGACCAUGGCAUAGUGCACUGCGACCUGAAAUUGGAGCACUUGCUAAUGAAGAGCGAUGGCAACUUGCAGAGCAAUGGUGACAUUGUCCUGGCAGGAAUUGGCCAUGAGGAGUACCUGUACCUCAAAGAGGGCUCACAAUACAUUCCCUGUGAACGGAACAACGACCAGCAUGUUGCGCCUGAGGUUCACAAUCAGCAUACUCGCCCACGGUCUCCUUGGACUGAGUACGCCAUUGACAGACAGACCAGCUGGGCUGUGGGCGUCCUAAUAUACGAGUUUGUGAUGAAAACUCAUCCGCUACCAAACUAUCCAAUCGUAUACCGCAUAUACAGAACUAGAGAUGGAGGCGGCGGUGAUCUUGAGGUGGUGUACGACAUGGAAGAUGUCAACAUUCAGCCAUUACCCAGCGAAUACUUGCCGGAAUUCAACACGUUGGUGAUGGCAUUGCUCGAACCGGACCCUGACAAACGUCCCGUCCUCACUGACGCUCAACUUUACCUAGAAGCACUUCACACCAGCUCAGCAGAUCACCUGCUCCAAGAAGUUGUAAAGGCGCAACAAGUGCAUGAGAAGCUCAAGGAGAACACCAGCAGGCUACGUGAGGAGAACUGUGUCCUGGAGAAGCGUCUCCAGGGCCACACCAGUGACAUGAAGCAACUCCAACAGCAUCACGCAGUCCUGGCAGAAUCAAUCACUGAACUCGAAGGUCAGCAUGAAAACCUGAACGUUCUCAUGCUGAAAUAUGAGACUAAACCACUGGCUGCUGUCCUGAAAGAGAUUUCAGAACGGCGCAGCGACCUGCGCAAACGCCUCAUUGCAAUCAACAAGGAGGACACACAGGAUGCUGCACCCACACAGCUGCUCUGUUUGGAUGUGGAGAAGUUGCUCAAGGUAAUGGAGACAGCAAUGGCACGAGUCAGCGAGCUCCAAGUGCUGCUUGAGAGACUGCCGAAACAGUGGUUUCAGACGACUGGUUUGGGUUUGGCACCAUCGUCGAGAGGUAUUUCUCAGCCAAUUCCUCCAUGUUGGAAAUCUCGCGGAACUAUGCAGACUGCAGCAGGUGAUGACGUCACAAUCGACAAAGAAAAGCUAAAAGCUAUCGGGAUUGCCUUUGCUGAGCUACAGACUGUGCAAAGGAAGUGUGCCAAGUUGCAAGAGAAUUCUCACGAGCUUCGAACAAAUAAUUCCUCGUUGUCCGAAGAAUGCGAGGGCACCGAGGCUGCUUGUCAGACUCUUCGGGAUACGAUUGACAGCCAGAAACAGAGAGCUGUACUAGUGGAGGGCAGUCUAGCCACGCUGCACGCACGCAUAGCGGAGUACGAUGGGAAACCCCGGGAUGUGCUGAGCAGAGAUGCGGAAGCGAUGCAUUCUGACCUGCGUCGACAAUGGUCUACUGGAGAUGAGACAAACGUGCAGGCUGAGCAUGAACUGGAGGAGGUGUAUCGACUGUACGAGCUCUGGCAAAAAGUUUGCACUGGUUGGACUUGGAGUCACCUGGAUUACACUAAAUGGCUCAAGCGCGUGGAUAGACUAAAUUCGCUGGUCAAGACGUCGCGACAGCAGCUGGAGAAAUGGAAGCCGGAGAUGGUCCGAAUUCUGGAGGUCCUCACUGAAAUGUCGGCAGCUGUGAAGGAUGAAAGCGCCUGCCAGUCACUACCGAAGUCAACACCAGCAGCAGCAGCAGCAGCAACAGUACCUGAAACAACGAUGGAACGAUUAGCAGCACUAGCAAGAGCACUGGAGUAGAAUACGUCUGGUGUGUCUGUCAAGUAUUUUUGUUCGUGCUGUAGUUGGAUGUGCGUCCUGUGCAAUGUCCUUCCAGCCGUAUUCCUUUCGUUUGUAUUCUUGUCUGCGUUAUUCCUGGUUCGUUGUGUUAUGUUUUUACUCUCCCAACCGGGUGUACAGUGGUGUAUGGUCGUAGUCGGGAGCACUGUUCUCAACAGUGACAACACAGUGUGUCCCUUCGCUUUGUGCCGGACGUGACCACAUGCUGGCAACCGUCCAACAUAUUUACAUAUAAGUACAUGUACCAAGUCAUACAUGUACUAACCACGAAGUAAGUAAGUAAGUUGGUUGACAUGCAUCCGCUGCUCAGUUGCCAUGAAUACGAAUACAUUUCAAGUCAUUUGUCACCAGAAACACAUACUGUAAAAGCCAUAAUAUAUAAUGAAGUGCUAACUCUAACGAGUUAACGAGGAGACAUCUGUCGUUAAAAUAGAAAUCGUUAUACAGAAAUCGAUACAUAUACUGUCCUAUUGAGCGUUGAGAAUGAGUGAAAAUCAUUACCUUUGGUACACGUAAACUAGUCAAUUUUGGGAAAUCGUUAUAUGGCCCAGAAUCUGCGAAAACCAGGCUUAGGGUGAAAAUCAUUUUUUUGAGAAAAAUGAUGUUUUGUAAAAAGGUUGUGUCGCGCGCGUGGACGAUCGAGUGCAGUGAAGUGGAACCAAAGCCAAAGGCAAAGAGAAUCUCGCUUGUUUGAAGAAGUAGCAGUCAUGGCAGGAAGGGUUUCAGCAGUCAGGGAAGUCAAAGUGCUUCCGGUAGAAUAUUCCCUGCUACUCCUCUAGUCACAGCGAAGAGUUUUUGAGCUGAUCGAACGGAUUCCAUCUCUUACACUCAGGGAUGGCGAAAUUUCUGCGCUAGCUGCUGCUUGCGGAAAAUGGUGAAGAAAUCGUCUCCAGUUAGAGUCGUGAUGGCGAUAGCGAGGAGAAACUGGACGACAUCGAUCCAGCCAAUCGAAGUACGGAGAUACUAGCUGUUUCUGGGCCUCACGCAAAGGGAACACGCGCAGCAGAGCUCACACGUUUGCAGCAAGUUCACGAGGAAAAGGCUUGAAGCGCAGUGUGAAAACUGUUUUGAAUUGAAGUCCUUGGCGAUGAAGUGCUACUGAAGGCCAGGCGAAUGAGCGAGCAGAUCGAGAGGCCCCCACUCGAGACUUUCCUCGCUGGACAGCUAGCUGCAAGGGAUUGUACGGCGUGCUGAUAUUUGCUGGUCAGCACCAAGCAGAUACUGCAGCACGCCAGCACACUAUGCCUAUGAAUAGUGGAACAGUUUGAAAGGCUGUGUUCUUGCUUGAUUCUGAACAGUUGUACUAGAUUCACCCUUCAAAAGGUGCCAUCUCAACUGGAGUCGGGUUUCCUUGUGGUGUAUAGCGCCAGAGUAUGCCAGUGCAUCAUACUUCAAACACAACAUACAUGUAUUCAGCCCCAGAAUGUGCUGAGUGAGAAGCAAACAAAAUUCAUGUAGAACUGUGCAUGGCCACUACAGCCUGCACCACCAAGGGGCCACAACAAGCCUGCCCCCACAUGCCUACCUUGUCAUGUCACCUAAACAAGAAUCAUCCAUGUCUCUUCAUUCAGUCUGGUGGAUGCCUACCUUGUCAUGUCACCUAAACAAGAAUCAUCCAUGUCUCUUCAUUCAGUCUGGUGGAUCUCUCUUCAUUUGUUUCCUGUGAUAACAAUUUUGUGUUUUUUUGGGAUUUUUUAACACAAUACCCUGGUGUGUUUGAGAUACUUUUAAUACCACUAUUAGUGGACCCACACCUGUAAUAUUUUGUUUCCUGACCGCCCAUGCCCAGUAGAAGCUGAAAAUGGGAAAAAGUCAUUUUGUGAAAUUUCACCCUAAGCCUGGUUUUCGCAGAUUCUGGGCCAUAUAUGCGCCUCGUUAGAAUACUUAGUAAUAGCUUUUACAGUAGUCAUUGUUCUGGUGUUCAUGCAUGCAUGCCUGCUAUGCUAUGCUAUGCUAUGCUAUGCUAUGCUAUGCUGCUUGGCCGCUGGCGCGUCUUCCGCCCGUCAUACCGGUGGACAUACUGUACCCGCGGCGCCAUGCCAUAGCACUGGCUGAUUGCGUCGUCUCUUUUCACGGCUGCAUUGCACUGCCGGCAUUGCGCGAUUAUGUUCGUGAUCUUCAGCGGGCGGAGGUUGAGUCGUGAAAACCAACGACUUACUUCAUCUACACGCUCUGAAUAGUACUGUUGAUCUACUUAGGCUACCGCCUCUGCCUGUUCUGUUUCUCAACACCAGUAAUAAUAAUGUUGGCAGUUGUAACGCGAAUGUGAGAACUUCAUUUCUUUUUUUUCUUCUUUUUUUUUACUGCCAACCGGCCCGUGCACUUCAAUUCGUACAUGGCAUGGUACAAUAACCUGUUCUUCUUCUUCUUUUUUCAUUAGCGGCUUUUCCUUUUACCUCGAAUGGUUCUUUACAAUCUGUAUCACAAUUUGUGGGUUCAGCAAUAAAGGAUGUUACCCUGACCGGUCCAUGCA